UGCUGUGCAUAUAUCUAUCUUUAGGUAUCAGGACCUUAUUACUCUGUACAAGAGUAUAUAUAUUACUCCGUACGGAUUUAUUCUUAUAAUUGUUCGAGCAUAAUAGUCCACCAACCAAUCACAACACAGCCAUUUUAAUACCUAGAGCCAGAGACCGCGGCUGCGAGAUGGGGUUAACCUCGGCUCCUUCUCGCCCGAGUUGACAGUCGUCACAUCUGCUUUUUGACCCCAGAUUUAUUCAGCGUCAUCGUCAUCAAUCAUCCGACCAAAAAGUUACCUGACUCACUUUCGAACUCCCAACACGAAAGAAAAAGAAAUAAAGAAGAAAGCCAUAAUGUCCCAGACCUUCACCCCCGCCGACGUCGCUUCCCACAAUAACACGGACAAUGGCCUUUACAUCAUCAUCGACAAGAACGUUUACGACGUGACCAAAUUUGUGGAUGAGCAUCCUGGAGGAGCGAAGAUCUUGAAGCGUGUUGCGGGGAAAGAUGCUAGCAAGCAGUUUUGGAAGUAUCAUAAUGAGGGCGUAUUGAAGAAGUAUACAUCAAAAUUGAAGAUCGGGGAAGUGAAGGAGGCUGCAAAGUUGUGACCGAUUUAUUGUUGGACGUGGAUCGGGAAUGUCUGAGUAUAUUUAUCUUGCGUGGCCGCAUAUGGAGGGAUGGAGGGUAGGAUUUUUUGUCUUUCUACAUGCUUCGAUCACCUAUUCCAGCAUGAUUACGCUGUAUAUACUACAUUGCACAAUACAUCAUCUCAUAUAUGUAUCUCUGGAGUUU